AUGGCCUCGGCAGGUGCCAGCGCCUUCAAGUCUCCCAAAAUUCCUCGACGACCAAAGACCCCCGAGACUCGUCAAGUGCACUUUGGCUCUCAGACUAAGCCUGCUACUUCUGCGUCUGCUUCUGCAUCUACAUCAACACCUGCCGCCUUCAACGAGGGCAUCACGGGCUACACCACAGCCAAUUCUCCCAGCGGCGGCUUCAGUGCUGGUAUCAACGGUGUUACAGCUCCCAGCACUGCUGCUACCCGAGCAACCACUUCUGCGCCGGACGAGAAGGGCAGCAAUCAACCUACGAACUUCCCUGCGCUCGGCUUAGGCCCUAACGCACAGCCUCAGUGGCAUAUCAGUGCCGACCCGACUCAGAGUCUCGCGCAACAGGUGCCAACUGGUUUCGUCUCGCCUACCCCUCAGCAGCACCAAUUUCUCCCCCCUCAAUUUCAUCCUGCUCCCUUCAUCAACGCAGGGCAAAAUCAAUUCACCCCAUCUCCAAUCACCUACAUCGGAAUCGGACCUCAGUCUCCCGGUGUCAACACCGCAAACAUGGGUGACUAUCAGAACGCUGCGCCUCCUGUUCAUGGCAUGAACUUUCAGCCGCCUGUUCCUGACACUACCUUUGGUCCUAUGCAGCACGUUUAUGUGCCUCGCUUUGACAAUGGCCUGGCUGGUGUCCAAGUCGGUGGCUAUGCCGGUGUUCAACAGCCCGCCGUCGGUGCCAUGGUUCCCCAGCCUACCGUUCAAGGCAGCUACGUUGUCCAGCAGCAGCCCUACUACAUCCAGCAGCCGACCAUGGGCCAGCAGCCAGUCCUCGUUGCUGGCCACCAGCCUCAGCAGUUCAUGCCGCAGGUCCAACAUGUCGCAGGCGUUCCCUCGGUCGGUAUUGCUGGUGGAGCUGCUGUUCCCGGCACGGUCCCCGUCUUUGCAGGUAAUGUCCCUGGUGGUCAACAUAUCCCUGAUGUCACUGGUGUUGGUCGUACCGCUGGCGAAGAGCAGCUCCGUCAGAUUCAGUUUGCGCAUGCGAACAAGAUGUACGAGCCUCAGGACUUCAAGCCAGCUGACGAUGACCCCUCCCGUUUCUACUAUGUUCGUGAAGUUGACGGGAACUGGACCCAGCGCAACCGAUUUACCAUUGAUCACAUGGGUGAUUCCCGCUGGUAUGUGACCGAUGAGGUUGGGCCCGUCCCCGAUCGAAAAUUUAAGUUGGACUGUCACCAUGUCUUUCAAAACAUCGGAGAAGCUUAUUGCCACACCUUGUUGGGUCUAUACCCCACCAAUAGGAGAUACACCAUCAUGCUUCUCAUCGGUCUUACGGGUUCAAUUGCCACAGGCAAGACGACAGUGUCGUCAAUGCUCUCGUCACAACCCUACAAUCUGCCGAUUAUAGAUGCAGACAUUCUAGCGCGCAAGGUUGUGGAGCCGGGAACUCGUGGGUAUGAAGCUAUUGUGAAGCAUUUUGGACCUACGACACCCGAGCUUCUUGUGCAACCAUCAGAGAAGAUGCCCGAGGAUGGACCAGACGGCAAAGGCAGACCACUCAACAGACCGGCAUUGGGAAGACGAGUGUUUGGCGACUCAGAGGAGCGAAAGAAGGAUAGGGCAGUUCUCAAUCGCAUCGUCCAUCCGGCUGUCCGAUGGGAGAUGUUCAAGUCCGUUGUUGGAUGCUACUUUAGAGGUCAUUGGGCUGUGGUUCUCGAUAUUCCACUCCUCUUCGAAAGUGGCCUCGAUCGAUUCUGCGGCGUCACAGCUGUAGUCGCAGUCCACGACCCAGCAGUCCAGAUGCAGCGUCUGCGUGCGCGUGAUCCUCACCUCAGCCCAGAAGAUGCCGAGAACAGAGUGCGCAGCCAAACAGAUGUACGAGAAAAGGCCCGGCGAUGUGAAGAGCGAGGAGAAGGCAAAGGGAUUGUGCUCUGGAACGACGGGUCACGAGAAGAGUUGAAGGAGCAGCUAGAUAAGGCUAUCAAGGAUUUGAGAAAGGCGAGUCCUGAUUGGUGGUCGUGGCUAUUGCUUGGAUGCCCUCCUCUGGCAGUUGCUGUUGCGACGUGGAGGUUCUGGCAGAAUCUUAUUAUUAAUGAGAGAUGGGAGGAGAUGAAGUUGAAUGCAAAGCUGUGA